AUGACCGAGACCGAGGUCCGGAUGCAGCGCUACCUCGGCUUCUACGUCGACGCCAAGGACGAGCGCAGCACGUGGUGUGAGGCCGUCGUGACGCACAUCAACCGCACGACCAACAUGGUCCGCGUCCACUACGUGGGCUUCCACGAGCGCUACAACCGAUGGCUGGCACUUGACGACAUCGCGCCCUUCCAAACGCUCUCGAGCCGCUCCGACAAGCCGCUGGUGCCAAACCGGCCCAUCUGGCGAGGCGAAGCGUCUGUCAUGACGGGCUUCAACUGCUACAUCCACGAGUCAACGCUUAAAGUACCAGAGAAGGCGAAAGGCAAGAAGCGCAAGACGAUCGACUAUUCGAGCAAUCGCAGCCGACCGAGAAAGGCCAAGCCUUCCAAGGCGACGGUCGAAGAAGCGCCUGCCGAGGAGCCCUCCGUGCACUCACCCCAGGAGUGUAUGAUCAGUCUGUCCCGGAGCAUGGGAGUGACCCUCGCUCUCUCUCCGGUGGCUUCGCCCGCCAAAGCGACGAGCGCAUUGCUCUCAUCACCGUCCAAGGACGUCCAAGCAUCGCAUGCUGCGUUCAAUAGCCAUGAAGACCCGGACAAGAAUCCUGCAGAGGUGCAAAACGCCAAACCUAACGCCACCGAAAGCACAGCGCCCUCGACCAAACGAGACAAAGUCGUCUCCAAGGCCGGCUCGCCUCCGCGCCGAGCCACGCGGUCAAGGGCGCCCCAUGCCCUCCCACAUAACAACAAAAUCCCCGGCGCGCCGGCGGGUAUCCAAGAGAGCGCUGGCGGAAUCGUACCGCUCGUGCCCGACGUUGUCUUCCAGGCAAUGGCGCCGGACGCCCGCAUCGCGCUUCGGGAGAAGAACUUGCGUCACAUGACCGACGCGUCGGCCUUUCUGGCCGCGUGCAUCGCCGAGUUCCACGCCAACAUCACGAGCGCGUAA